ACUUCCUGGAAUGGGACUAGGCUUUCCCAAGAGUAACAUGGCAACACCCCAUGGAAAGUGUAUAUAAACACCCCAGAGAGGCUCUGAGAACCAGAACCUGAGCUCCUUGCUAAGCUGCAACCUUCUCUGCUAGCAUCAUGGCCACCCAGCUCUGCUCCCCGAUCUUCUCCUCUGGGUCCGUCAAGGGCCUCUGUGGCACAACAGGUGGCAUCUCUCGGGUGUCCUGUGUCCGCUCUGUGGGCUCCUGCAGGGUUCCCAGUCUUGCUGGUGUUGUGGGGUCAUCCUCCUCUGUCAGGAUGGGCCUCUCCAGCCUUGGGAGCUGCUUGCCUGGUUCCUACGUGUCCUCUGGGUACCACUCCUCUGGCUUUGCUGGGACUGGGGGCUGGCUCUUCGAGGGCUCCUUCAAUGGCAAUGAGAAGGAGACCAUGCAGUUCCUGAAUGAUCGCCUGGCUAACUACCUUGAGAAGGUGCGCCAGCUGGAGCGGGAGAACGCGGAGCUGGAGAGCCGCAUCCGCGAGUGGUACGAGUGUCAGGGCCCAUACAUCUCUCCAGACUACCAGUCCUACUUCAAGAUCAUUGAGGAGCUCCAGCAGAAGAUCCUGCUGACUAAGGCUGACAAUUCCAGGCUGGUCCUGCAAAUUGACAAUGCCAAGCUGGCUGCCGACGACUUCCGAACCAAGUACGAGACGGAGCUGAGCUUGCGGCAGCUGGUGGAGGCCGACAUCAACGGCCUGCGCAGACUCCUAGAUGAGCUGACCCUGUGCAAGGCCGACCUGGAGAUGCAAGUGGAGUCCCUGAAGGAGGAGCUGGUGUGCCUCAAGAGGAACCACGAGGAGGAAGUCAAUGCACUUCGAUGCCAGCUUGGGGACCGGCUGAAUGUGGAGGUGGAUGCUGCCCCCUCAGUGGAUCUCAACAAGAUCCUGGAUGAGAUGAGAUGCCAGUAUGAGGCCCUGGUGGAGAAAAACCGCAGAGACGUGGAGGCCUGGUUUAAUACUCAGACCGAGGAGCUGAAUCAGCAGGUGGUGUCCAGCUCGGAACAGUUGCAGUCCUGCCAGACAGAGAUCAUUGAGCUGAGACGUAACGUCAAUGCCCUGGAGAUUGAGCUGCAGGCACAGCACAGCAUGCGGAAUUCCCUGGAAUCCACCCUGGCGGAGACCGAGGCCCGCUACAGCUCCCAGCUGGCCCAGAUGCAGUGCCUGAUCACCAAUGUGGAGGCUCAGCUGGCCGAGAUCCGCUGUGACCUGGAGCGGCAGAACCAGGAGUACCAGGUGCUGCUGGACGUCAAGGCCCGGCUGGAGUGUGAGAUUGCCACCUACCGCCGCCUGCUCGAGGGGGAAGACUGCAAGCUGCCUGUCCACCCUUGUGCCACGGAAUGCAAGCCUGUCGUGAGAGUUCCUUAUGUCCCGAGUGCGCCCUGCAUCCAGGCUCCCCAGCUCAGCACCCAGAUCCGCACCAUCACGGAGGAGAUCAGAGAUGGGAAAGUCAUUUCCACCAGGGAGCGUGUGCAGCCGCUGUAACCAGCUGCCCGGCCCAAGGGGCAGGCCCUGGCCCACAGGAAGGAGGACACCCCUGUGGGUCCCAGCUCUAAAUGACCCCCCCACCUUCCCUAGAGGGACUCCCCGCUCAGCAAAUUUUUCUACCAAAAAUACCUCUUAGGUUUUGUUUCUGGCCUUAACUGCUUUUACGCCGUGUAAAACUAGGUUUCCCUGGUUACCCAAUAAAGUGUGGUCUCUUGGCAUAG